GGGCGUUCCAACCUCACUGCUGUAUGAUCAGAGGCUGUGAAGCGGCAGCUGUCAGGAGUGGUCCUCUGUGAGGACUCUCUGCUAGUGUGUACGGUAGUAAACUGCGUGCUUUGGUGCUCGCCUUUCAGGCACCGUCGGAGGGCUCAUCAGCAAAGCAAAAGUUGUGGAUGAGACUUUUUAACCUUCUAGAAACUCAGCUAACUCGUGUAUGUAGUUUUCAAGAAGUGAUCAAGAAAGCAUCAAUAUAUAGCCAUCCCUUAGUUCAUCGCUUAAUGGAUCUCAAAGCUCAAAAAGAGGACAGAGAAGCCGAUGAUGACCGGGAAGUGGUUGCAGAGAUCAUACGGAGGCGUUUUGUUCCAACUUUUGUAACAGCCAUCUCCUGGGAGGGAUUUCAUUUCGUUGGUCAUGAGAUUCGGAUUACUGAAGCCGUGGAUUGUUACGGUGCUGUUGUUUGGCCAUCGGCCCUCGUUCUAUGCUAUUUUCUGGAAACAAACGUAAAGCAGUAUAACAUGGUUGACAAAAAUGUGAUUGAAAUUGGAGCUGGAACAGGGUUAGUCUCCAUCGUGGCGAGUCUACUUGGUGCACACGUGACUGCCACAGAUUUACCUGAGUUACUUGGAAACCUGCAAUAUAAUAUUUCCCAAAACACCAAAAUGAAAUGUAAGCAUUUGCCUCAGGUUAAAGAGCUCUCCUGGGGUGUAGCUUUAGACAAGAACUUUCCCAAGGCUUCCAGCAACUUUGACUACAUCCUGGCGGCCGAUGUUGUCUAUGCUCAUCCAUUUCUGGAAGAACUCCUCAUUACCUUUGACCAUCUGUGCAAAGAAACCACCGUCAUCCUCUGGGUCAUGAAAUUCAGUAAUUUUCAGACUCUUUUGGGAGUGAAGUCAUUUCUUUCAAGUGAAAUCAGUACCUGGAAAGGAUACUACGCAGGGCGGAGGGGCCAGCGGGGAGGCUGCGGUGAGGAUGGCAGCCCGGACCCCAGCGGGGCCUGUGCCCGGAGGUGGCGAGAAGGGGUCGUUUCUAGAGGAGUCUGGAAGCCAAAGCCCACCGACCUUCUCUUCAUGAGUGUGAGGCUGACUCGGGAGCGUUUGGUCCGAGCUGCUGGACAUCACGGAACAAAGAACAUCAGAGCCAUCAGCUGAGAGGUCGUUUGCACAGCUCACGCAGGGAGCAAGCGUGAACAGGGGCCCGGACGAGGACUGAGCCCCGAGGUGGCCGAGCUGAGGUCAGACACAGCUAGACCUGAGCGAUGCCUUCGAGGCUCUGCCCUCCUUCCUCCCAAUUAUAUUAGGGUCUGUUGACUCUGAAAGAAUUUACUGUCACUGUGUUUUUUGUUUUUUGUUUUUUU